GCAGGUUAUUGAAUUACUGUAACGUUUUUUUGGUUGGAAACAAGUCUUCUAGACUCCAAGAUUAUAUUUCUAGGAGCGCCACCCCUAUUCCUUCAGCAUCGUCCUCCAUAUCUGUCGAGUUCCUUGACGAGGUUGAUACUUUGACAGAAGAUCCUAACUGCGACGAUGCCAGCAGGGCAACAGGCUAUAUUGGCAAGGCAUCCGAUUCUCGUGGCUAGUCAGGAUUGGUAUGAGGAACAUCGGAGUUAUGACAAUGACAAAAGACGAUUAAGAGGAAACAUGUGUCCCUUUAUGUCCGCAGCAGAGUAGGCCACAGUGGGUACCUUCCCUAAAUGUUUAACCUAACUACUACUCUCAGCUCAGGUUGGGUUCGGUCAGUCGCCUUCUCUCCAGAUAGCCAGCUGCUGGCAUCUGGCUCUGAUAAUAAAACUAUUAAGCUCUGGGAUCCUGCUACUGGUGCUGUCAAGCAUACCCUAGAAGGUUAUUCAGAUUGGGUUCGGUCAGUUUUCUUCUCUCCAAAUGGCCAGCUACUGGUAUCCAGAUCUAAUAAUAAAAUCAUUAAACUCUGGGAUCCUGCUACUGGUGCCCUUAAGCAUACCCUAGAGGGCCAUUUAGAUCGGGUUGAUUCAGUUACCUUCUCUCCAGAUAGCCAGCUGCUGGUAUCCAGUUCUCAUGAUAAAACCAUCAAGCUCUGGGAUCCCGCUACUAGCACCCUUCAACAUACCCUGGAGAGUUAUUCAGAUUAGGUUAAUUCUGCUGUCUUCUCUCCAGAUGGCCGGGUGCUGGCAUCUUACUCACGUGAUAAAACCAUCAAGCUUUGGGAUGCUGCCAUUGGUACCCUCCAGCAUACUAUAAGAACUGGCGGGUUUGUUACCAGAAUUGAAUUUUCCAAGAAGCUGCCUCAUCAUUACUAAUCUAGGAUGUUUUUGAUAUACAAAUCUGGCACGGAAGCUUCUCAUCAAGCUCUGAGACAAAGACUGAUUUAUGUCUGCAGGCAAAUCAGAAGCACACCUACUACUCCAGCUUUCUCGGACCCAACUCGAAAUUGAACUC